AAGACAACCACCCGCCAUCGGCAAUUGCUUUGCUUGUUGGGGUCCUCCAAGUCCAGGGACCAUUAAUUCAAGCCAGCUGAAGGGAAGUCUUUAAGAAUACAGAGACUUCUUCUCUCAGCCUUAUCUUGCACACUGCAUGCCACAGCCCUGUUUCUCAAUCUCCACCACUUGAACUGCACCCGGUGCCUGCCCUGUGCGUUUGAGCUUCAGCGUGUUCGUCUCUGCUGGGCAGUGUCUGUGCAGUCGUUCGUGCCUUGCAUAUCUCUGUGUUCAGGUUCAGAUGACAGCCAUUGGCAGCUCUGCUCUGACAACUCCCUCUCAUCCCAUAAAUAAGGGCCUUUUUGAUUAACUGCCAUCUCAGUCCUCUCACUAAGAAAGGUGCAAUACAGCAGCGCUAGUCCCAACACGGGCUAGCGUCUUAUCUUGCCAAAUCUAGGCGGCCCUGGGUGCCUGGGCAGCGCCAGCCACGAGCUUUUGCCCCUUCAAGCUGAAAGGGUCUGUCUGUCAUGGAGAUAACGGGCGCUUUCAGCUGGCCGUAUUGUUGUGGCCAUGCAAUUUGUAUUGCGGCCAUGUCGUCGUCCUGAACAUCUCUUCAUCAUGAUUCUUCUUGUAACUCUCGUUCAUUCUUGAUUCCAUUCCCUCCCGUCGGCAGCAUUGGCCAUACUUACGCUCUUUUUUUCUUUUUGUUUUUUUUGGUUGCUUCGGAACUACGGAGUAAACGCAAAUCUAGAUCUCGGACCCCCCUGAGCUGACAACAGUCCCUCUUCGCCUUGGGAACCGACCGACGACGGCCUACAACCGCGUCAACGUCAGUAUCCCUUCGGUCUCUGAACAACGAGAUCUGAUCCGAUCAAGUUCUGACUGCCCAGCUCAACCCAACGGUUUCACUACCAGCGCUCCGUUCCGUCCGGCCCACGUAACAUGUUACACCAUGUAUCACCCGCCGCUGUUUUAGCAGUGGCAGCCAUGAUCCUCCCGUCGAUCGCCUCCGCCGACGGCCCGCUAGCGUCUGACAAACGAGGUCUCUGCUUCACGCCCAACGACACGACCCGCGCCGACGACGCAGUCUGGCCCCCGGCUCUGUCGUGGUACUACAACUACAAACCUCUCCCCGAGCCCAAAUACAAGGACAUUCCCCAGUCCGAGUUUGAGUUUGUGCCCAUGCUAUGGGGUGCCCCGGAGACGAAGGGAGACACCUCGUUUGUUACGACCAUCCAAGACCUGAUCAAGAGCGGCGUCAACAUCACCAACGUCCUCGGCUUCAACGAACCGGAUGCCCCGUACUCGUGGGGAGGGAGCUAUUUGGAUCCUAUCACGGCGGCUCAGGUGUGGGUGGACAACAUCAAGCCGUUGAGUGAUAUGGGAAUCCGAGUGGGUUUGCCCGCCUGCACCGCCGGACAGGACGGCUUGCCCUGGCUCAGGACCUUUGUCCGCGAGUGCUCGAAGCUUGUCAGCACGGAAAACAAAAAGGAGAACUGCACGUUUGACUUUGUGACGAUUCAUUGGUAUGGGAGCUUUGAGGGGUUGGCCAGCCAUAUGGGCCAAUAUGCUGCUGAGUUCCCCAACAAGACCAUGUGGAUCACCGAGUACAAUUUCGCCCAUCAGAGUCUCGAGGAUACUCAGGCCUUCUACAAGAUUUCUGCCGAGUACUUUGAUCGUUUGGAUUUUGUUGAGCGGUAUUCCCUGUUCGGCGCCUUUAGGAGCGACGUCUCGAAUGUGGGACCCAAUGCUGCCAUGUUGAGCAACGAUGGUAGACUGACGGAUAUUGGCGCUUGGUACCUGGGCAUGGAAUCCACCGGCGUCAAGCCUACUGAUGGUCAAUCUGUUAGUGCUUCUGUGCGUCAGACCGUGUCCAUCGUGAGUGCCUCGCUUAUCGGUGCUGCUGCUGGUGCGUGGGGGUUAUUUUGA